AUGGCGAACAACAAUGUUUAUCAUCACAAUGCUGAUAUUGCUUCUUUUUCUUUGAGUGAUCCUGACCCUGAACCGGAUGAUAUUUCUGUGUUUCUUCGUCAUAUUCUCCAUCCUUCUUCGUCUUCGUCUUCGUCUUCGUCCAAUUUUAUGGCCCUGAAGGGUAAUGAAAUGCAAUAUUCCUCAUCAUUACCUCAUCUUAUGCCUAAUAAUAAUCAACAUUGCUAUUUGUCAUCCAUGAUGAAUUCAUCAGCUGGCGGCAUUUUCUCUUCUUCUUAUGGGGCUUAUAAUGGUGCAACUAAUGUUUCUUCGUCAUCUGUUGGGACCAUGGAUAAUGAUCCGGAUGAGUAUGAAUGUGAAAGUGAGGAUGGUACUGAGGAUUUGGGGGCGGAAACUUCAGUUCAACCGCCAUCUCGUAACACUUCCAAGAGAAGCAGAGCAGCUGAAGUGCACAAUUUGUCUGAAAAGAGGAGAAGAAGCAGGAUUAAUGAGAAGAUGAAAGCAUUGCAAAAACUUAUUCCAAAUUCAAAUAAGACCGACAAGGCUUCAAUGCUUGAUGAAGCCAUUGAGUAUCUUAAGCAGCUUCAGCUCCAAGUACAGAUGUUGACAAUGAGAAACGGGUUAAACAUGUAUCCUCUUGGCCUGCCACGAAUGCUACAACAAAAUCAAAUGUCCCAGCAAAAAAUAGGUUUCUGCGAGGGAAAAGGAUUCACAAAUGCUAAAGUGGCUGGGAAUCUCCAAGUAAACCAAGACGCCUCGUUAAAUGCCAUUUUCAAUCCAACUAAAAAUUGUACAGAAACUAAGCUAACACCACUGGUGACUAUGUCAAAUGUAAACCAUUCAGACAGUGCUUUUGAGCCAGAGUCAUCAAUGAAUAUUCACCUUGAUCCCUUUCAGCUCUCAAGAUCUACCAGCAAGGAAAUUUGGAGGGAGGAUGGCUUACCUAUGUAUGGAAUGAAUGAGCGAACAACCAAAACUGCAUCAAUUGGAGCCAAUGUGGCAUUCUCAGUUCCCUUUGAUACCGAUGCAUCUAACCUGAAGAGAAACACUCGGGAAGCCUGCUUGCUUCGAUAUCAGUUUGGUGCUAUGAAUGAAACCAAUCUGGAUUGCGACCAACUUCUUUCCCCCCAACUGUAUAGAAGUUCUUAA